CACUGACGGGACGCACACAACUGAAAUCUGAGAGCAGAUUUUGGAAAUCAGAGCCACUUUGAAGCAGAUUUGUACUGAUAUAACAGAAGAAGAUGAAACGUUUUUUUACUUUCUACAUCUUUUCCUUGGUUUUACUAGACCAGUUCUUUGGUGCCACAGGUUUUGGUGAUGCCACAGCUCCAGGUGACAUUAUCAUUGGAGGAUUGUUCCCAAUACAUGAAAGUGUUAAAGAGGUCAACGGUACAUGGAUCUGUGACAGGUUCAGCACAGCUCGGCUGGUCCAGUCUCUGAUAAUGGUGCAUGCAGUGGAGGAGGUAAAUAAGAGGCAGGUGUUGGGGAACCUAACCCUUGGAUAUCGUAUAGUGGACUCCUGCUCUGACGUUACCACUUCCCUGAAAAAGGCCCUUUCCUUCAUGAGGAAAAACAAUACCAGGUGUGUUGCAGAGCAGCCCUCCCCACCUGUAUUGGCUGUCGUCGGUGGUUACCACUCGGAGAUAUCCAUAGCGGUUACGAGGCUACUCAACUUGGAGAACAUUCCUCAGAUAAGUUACGGUGCAACUUCUGGUUUCCUGAGUGAUAAAACACGUUUUCCAAGCUUUAUGAGGACCGUACCAGAGGAUGAUCACCAAGUGCGCGCCAUCCUCAAUAUUCUAAAAAACCACCAGUGGACCUGGGUCGGUAUAGUGACAACGGAUGGUGACUAUGGUCGCUACGCAGUUCAACGCCUCCAGCAGCAUGCAAAAGGCACCAACAUCUGCUUUGCCUUCACUUCUGUUCUUCCAGAUGUUCUAGGUGACAGCCAACUUCAGGACUCCAUCAGUGCUACAGUCAAAAGCAUUACUGAAAAUGAAAAUGUCAGCGUCAUUGUGUCCUUUGCCAAACCGAACCAUAUGAUGUAUCUUUUUAACCAUCUUCUCAAAGAGCCUAAAGGCAAGGGGAAAGUUUGGGUGGCCAGUGAUAAUUGGUCGCAAUCACCUAGCAUACUGAGUGGGAAGACUUUGAGUGAAGUAGGAACAAUCUUUGGGACCACAUUGAAAUCUGGAAACUCAACCACAUUUGAGCAGUAUCUCAAGAAUGUUGAUGUAGAUCCUGAACACCACAGGAACAAUGCAUUCUUGUAUCAGUUUCUAAAGAAUCAGACACAACAAGGAAAAAGGGCGAAGCCAGGAACUGCCAAUGACACAGCCAUUGAGACAUUAAUAAAUAUGAUAUAUCCAUAUGCUGUGUUCAGUGUUGAGUUGGCAGUUGAAGCUAUUGCUCAGGCUGUUGCAAACCUCUGCAUCGAAAGGGACUGUAAGACAAGAGAGAGACUACAGCCCUCUGAGGUGAACACACUCACACACACAUAUACAUUCUUUCAGUUACGAGAUGCCUUAAGGAAAGGAACGUUCACCAUGGAUGGGGAAAAUUAUACAUUCAACGAGAACGGUGAUCUUAACUCAGGAUACGAUAUCAUCUUGUGGAAUCAGAAAUCAACAACCCUUGUGGAUGUGCACAACAUUGUAGCUACUUAUAGUAUUAAAAAAAACCACACAUUGACUUUUAUCUCACCAGAAAAAGAGCAAGAAGUCUUCAGUGUCACAGGAGAUGUGAUUUCCAGUUGCUCAAAUAAAUGUGCUCCAGGCACCAGGAAGCAGUCAGCUCAGGGACAGCCUGUUUGCUGCUAUGAAUGCAUACCCUGUCCUGAGAACUACUUUUCCAACACCAGUGAUUCCAUAGAUUGUUAUCACUGUAACAGGACCCAAUACUCCCCCAUGGGAAGUAAAACAUGUAUUCCCAAAGAAAUUAUUUUCCUGCGAUGGAAUGAUAAGUAUCAUGACACGCUUCUGGCAUUUACCGCUCUAGGUGCACUGCUUACCCUUGUUGUUGGGAUCAUCUUCAUUGCACGCUGGAAUACCCCAGUUGUGCGUGCAUCUGUGGGCCCCAUCUGCAUCCUCCUUCUCUUCUCUCUCUUAAGCACAUUUGUGAGUGUGAUAUUAUUUGGUGGUAAACCCAAGGACGAGCUGUGCCAAGCACGGCAGGUACUGUUUGGCUUGAGCUUCACCCUGUGUGUCUCCUGUAUCAUGGUCAAGUCCUUUAAGAUCAUCUUGGCCUUUGAGUUUGACCCCAGCAUUAAAAGAGUCCUGAAGAAGCUCUACAAGCCUUACAUCAUUAUUGCAGUGUGCUUGUCAGGUCAAGUUAUCAUCUGUGCUCUGUGGCUUACACUCAAGUCUCCAAAAACCAAAUGGGACGUAUUGGAAAACACAAAGCGUCUGCUCAGUUGCGAUGAGAAGUCAUAUUCUGCAUUUGGAGCCAUGCUGUGCUAUAUUGGUGUUUUAUGUCUUAUCUGCUUUGGUGUUGCUUUCAAAGGCAGAAAGCUGCCUCACAGUUACAACGAGUCAAAGUUCAUCACCUUUGCUAUGCUGAUUUACUUCAUCUGUUGGAUCAUCUUUGGCCCAGUUUAUGUCAGUGUCAAAGGCAAGUACCUUCCAGCAGUGGAGAUGGUCGUCAUCCUCAUCUCAGCCUAUGGCAUCCUGUUUUGUCAGUUUUUUACAAAGUGUUACGUUAUUCUGUUCAAGAAGGAAGCAAACACAGAGAGGGCAUUCCGCCAGGAUGUUAGAAAUCAUUCCUUGGGUAGUAUCUCAGAAAUGAACUCAUAUUCAGUGACCUCUAUAGGGAUCCAAAAUCCUGCUUUUGAUGUGGAGUUACCAAUGUCAAACUCAAUGUCAUUUGUUCCACUGACUAAUCAAAACCCAUCCAUGGGCUCUGAUCAGUCAUCAUUGUCUCUUUCUCCAGUCUCCAACCUACAGCUCACUAGGCUGCAGAAUGAUGACAGGUUCAAUAAGAAACAUUUAAAGAGAUAUUCAAGCUUGCCAGCAGUGAUUUGCAAGAGCUAAAUAUGUAAUUGAAAUGUUUAAAACUGCAGCACAAAAUGUAAUGCUUCAAAUAUCAAGGGCUGCCAUUAACAUUUUCAUUAUUGAUUAAUGGGCUUAUUUAUUGUCUUAAAAUGUCUGAAAAAUAGUAAUGGAAAAAUCAGUCCAAAAUCCAAUUAUUUUCACUUUGAUGAUUUCAAAAAAGCAAUCCUUAUAUUUUAGGACCUGCUCCUCAGAGAAUUAAUCCCAAUGACGAUGGGGAUCAACCGACUUUUCACCUACCGCCACCAGCAGUUACAUUUUCUUUUACUGUAAAUGUCUUUACAACUUUUAUAUGAAUUGCUAUGAAAUGUGCUACAAGCAUUCAUGUUCCUCUCAGGUCAAAUUGUAAUAAAUUGUAAUUGCUAGACUGCCUGUUACUGGCUAUGUUAGCCUUAUGCACAAUCUGCUCCUGUAUUUAUUUAAAUAUUUAUCUUCAGUUUACAUUUUAUAUUAUCCACAGUAAUCAUUAUUCUUGCACUUGUUUUACUUUUUAAUCACCUUACAUUUGCACUACUUCCUUUACUCUAUUAUAAUGACAGCACUCUGUAGUAGCUCUGCUAGCUACUUACUUUACUUUUACUUUUGUUUUUAUUAUAUUCUUGCGUGUAUUGGGGUUUUGUAUGUAUGGUAUAAGCUAGUGGAUGCCUAUCUAUUUUUUCUAUUUUAUGUAUUUUAUUCUCCCUUGUAUAAAGAAAUGUGAGAUGUAAGAUAUGGAACUGUAUUUUUACAAAACCUCAAUAAACAGAA